AUGACCGACAACAACAACCUUAACACCCUCGUCCAAGAAUGGCUUCGUCUUGACAAGAACGAAGAGACCCGUCAAGAAAUCUCGUCGCUUCAUGAAUCUGGCAACUAUGACGAAUUACAGAAACGACUUGGCUCUCGUAUCGAGUUUGGCACUGCUGGUCUUCGUGCCAAAAUGGAAGCUGGCUUCUCAAGAAUGAAUGAUUUGACAGUAUUGCAAGCAUCUCAGGGCCUCGCCAAGUACGUGCUCAAUAACGUUCAAGAUGCCAAAUCACGUGGUGUUGUCGUUGGUCAUGAUCAUCGUCAUCACUCGGAGGACUUUGCUCGAUUGACUGCUGCAGCUUUCAUUUCUCUUGGUAUCCGUGUUUGGUAUUAUCAUGAUUACGUUCAUACUCCCAUGGUGCCCUACACUGUCAAGAAAAAGAAUGCAGCAGCUGGUGUCAUGAUUACAGCAUCGCAUAACCCCAAGCAGGAUAAUGGCUACAAAGUGUAUUGGGAAAAUGCAUGCCAGAUCAUCCCUCCUCAUGACAAGGGUAUCGCUGACAGCAUUCAAGAAAACUUGGAACCUUGGGUUUGGGAUUACAAGCUUGUGGAUACCAGUGAUCUAUGCCAAGAGCCUGUUGGCGUGAUUGACAGCUACUUUGAGGAAGUGGAAGCCUUGUCACAAUACAGAGCGGAUAAUGAAGCUACAUCUCUCAAGUUCGUAUACACUGCCAUGCAUGGUAUUGGUGCUCCCUUUGCAGAGCGUGCCUUUGAUUGCUUCCACCUUCCAAAAUUCGUUCCUGUUGCAGAGCAAAUCCACCCCGAUCCUGAAUUUUCUACCGUUGAAUUCCCUAAUCCUGAAGAAGGCAAAGGUUCCUUGAAAUUGGCUAUUGAGACAGCUGACAAAGCCAACGCAGAUUUGAUUUUGGCCAAUGAUCCCGAUGCCGAUCGCUUAGCAAUUGCUGAAAAAGUCAAUGGCGAAUGGACACUUCUUACCGGUAAUCAAAUUGGUGCCAUUUUGGGUGCUGCAAACUAUGAGAAAGCACGAGCAGCUGGUGUUCCUGCUA